CCCAAAACUAGUUUCGCAAUAAUUAAGGGAAAAUCAACAAAUUUAAUUUAACAUAAAGGGAAAUCCACAUUCCAUUAAACACUCAUCAAUAUUAACAAUUUAAAGAAGAUACAAGUGAAGUCGAAAAUCAAGAAUGGCGUCUACUUUGUCUUCACCUUCUGGCAAUGAUACGCCAUGGAUAGAGAAUUACAGAUUUACUAAUGUUUCUGACAUUGUCGGCAGUGAUCAUGCUGUUUCUCGUUUCCAAGCCAUCGCUCGGGACGGCGACAUGCCUAAUCUCAUCUUAGCCGUAAUCCCUUUUUCUUUUUCUUUUGCCCCUUUUAAUUGAGUGAGCAUGAUUUCCAUUUUUUAUGUUAAUGUUCUUGUUAGGAUAUCUGAUUCUUGAAUCUUGGAUAUUAUUAUUACUUGUUAGGGUUAGGAUAUCUGAUUUCCAUUUUUUAUGCUAAUGUGGGCUGCUCCAUUGCUCUGUGUUAUACAUCAAAUACUUCAUAUUCUACCAUUUUGGUUACCAUUUAGAAUAUCCCUAGACCCUAAUCUCGAUGAGAUUCUCUAAUCUUGAUGAGUUUCAUAGAGAUUCUCUAGUCUUUGUAAAACUCUGAAUAAUAAGAAAGUGGCUUAAAGUUAGCGGUGUUGUAGUUAUUGGUGACUUAGUGCACCAUUUAAGAGUCAAGACUAUGUAUUAGUAUGAGUGCAUAGAAGUGGAAUCUUUUGGGUGUUUAAAUUAGUCACUUAAUGUGUGGUUAAGUUGGUGGAUUAAUUUGUGUGUUAAUGAUGGUGUUUAAGUUAGUGAUCAAUGCAUGGUGUAAAUGGUGUGUUGAUGGAGGCACUUAAACAUGCAUAUAUUAUGAUGGUAAUCAAGGCAUGAUGAAUGAUAGUUAAUGAGAAGACUAAAGGGUGAAGAUUUUUGUACGAGGUACAAGUAAUGAAACAUUGCCUUGAUCGAGCAUUGGAUUCGGUUUUUGACUCUUAAUGUUCCUUGAAGUUGUUUAUUGUACAUGAAUCCUUAGCCUUAAAUAUGUAAUACUCAUUUAUGUACAAAUCUCUAUAAAUAGAGGUCUCAUAUACCAUUGUAACACAUACACAAAAAUCCCUAGGCCUAAACACAAGUAUAAUCUCUUCACUAUUGUAAUUCUCCAUUUGAGAGUUCUUUGAACUCCUUUGUGUUAAUAUAAGAGAUACUACACACUUAAACACGUGGCCUUAAUUGGAUGAAUCUUGUUAAAUCUUUGUGUCAUUUUUAUUGCAUUAUUAUCUCCUACAAACAUUGUUUUCAUUGAAAGUGUAAUUUGUUCAUCAGAAAACCUCAUGCCCUCGAUCUUGGUAAUAUUGGAGUUUGAAACGCAUUAUUUGAACUCUAAUAUAGCAUCGUUUUUCAAGCGACAAUCUGUUGUGGUAGACUCUAUAUGAGGAAAUUCAGUUAUUCCCCCCCAAGGGCCUAGGAGGACAAGAAGUCGAAUCUGGACCAGGCCGGGUCCAAGUCGACCCGGGAUCCAAAUCAGAAAUUUUGGGUCCAGUUUGUCAAGACUCAGAUCCAAAUCCACGGAUCUUACGGAUCAUUUGUCUGCUUCGGGUUGAAUUUUGCUUCGUAUUGCAAUACUGUUUUAGACUUUAAUUAAUAAUUAAUAAUUAAUAUAUAUAUAUAUAUAUAUAUAUAUAUAUAAUGAAAUAUUUUACAACUAAAACUGGCCUUUGAAAUCUAUGGAUCCGGAUAUUAUUUUGGUACCCGGAUUAGGAUCUGGUAAUUUUAUAUGGAUAUGGAUUUGACCCGAAUAUGAUGGGUCAAAAAAUAGAGCCCAGAUCCACCAAACCAGAUUUGGGUCCAUAGAUCCAGGGCGGAUCCCUUGCCAUUUCUACUAGAUUUAAACUGCUGGUUGUUAUCUAGAUAUUGCUUUUUCAAUGGUGUUUUAGCGUGUCUCAAAUGGGUGUUCAAUGUUCUGUUAAUCCUGCAACAAUUAAGGGGGGAUUACUUUUCUUGAUUAAAAUGUUCAACUUUUUUCUUCCCCUUUGCACACUACGUUUUGUUGGUUCUAAAUUGCAACGGGGGAGGUGUUUAGUGAGAAAAAGCCAAUUCGAACUCCCAUAAUGUGGACACAAUUUUUUACUUGUUCAUAACGUAAUUAGUUGUCUGAAUGAUAUCCUCCGACUGUAGGAUGUUGAGGGAUAAGCAAAUAGAUUUGGCCGAGCAAUACUCCAGAGUAGGGGUGUUAAAUGGGCCGGGCUCCCAUUUUGAGCUCUUAUUUGGCCCAUUUUUAGAAGGAUUUUGUAAGAGCCGGCCCAAAAACAGGUUCUACUGUAAUUAAAAUGAUUCGAGCUAUAAAAAGGCUCAAUAAGGGUCGGAAACGAGCCUAAUGGAUAAGUUAAGUAUUAUAAAUGACAAUGCCAACGGGAAUUAUUAAUAUUCUUUUAAUUUAAUUAUUAUAAUGAUAACUUAAUUGUUAUAAAUUGAUAAAUGGAGAUUAAAAUAAGUUAGUAAUAAAAAUGGCUUGGUUUGGGCCGGGCCGGGCUUUUGAAGUCCGACUCAUUUAAAGCCCAUAUUACGUUUAAAGGGUCCUUAUCCAACUCGACCCAUAUUUACUUAAGCCCUGCCUAGCCCUUGUCCGGCCCAUUGAACACCUCUACUUCAGACUAGAAAAUGUGUGCACACCUCUAAUGGUAGCUAAUUGGCUUUUUGAAUUUGCAAUUUGCUCAUAUUUGCUCGAGAAUAACCCAAAACCGAUUGUAAUUCUCUUUCUUCGAUUGCGAUUCGCAAGUAGAUUUACGAAUCAUGUGACACUGAUUGAGGGUUAUCAUGAGAAAACGUUGUGCUGGGGCAAAACUAUAGAUGUUUCUAACUGGCCCUACAUGGCGUUAUCAUGCUUAAUUGUAAUGUAUUCCGUCAACGACGACCAAGGUUCCAUACGAUGAUGAAGGUCUCGAAGCAAUUAUCUUCGCUGCCGAUGGUGAUAUGCUACAGUCUUUGAAUGAUUUGCAAGCUACUCAUAAAGAUUUCCGAUUUGUUAGCCAAAAGAAGAUUUGGGAGAAGCCUCACCCUUUGCAAGUCAAGAACAUGAUCUGCAAUGUGCGUGAAGGAAAGUUUGAGCGUGCUUGUGCUGAUCUAAAGCAACUAUACGAAAUCGGUUAUUCUCCUAUUGACAUAAUUACAUCCCUUUACGAUGCUCUACAAAACUAUGAGAUGCCCGACUUUUUGAAGUUAGAAUUCUUGAAGGAAGCAGGGGGUGUUUGUAUGAGAAUCUCUGAUGCUGUCGACUCUUAUCAUCUGUUAUGUGGACUUCUUGCUAAGGUUUCUCCUAGCAGUGAAAUAGUCAUCGCAGCUUCUCAUUCAGAUAAUCAUACUCCUCCGUAGAUUUGAUUUUCUUCUUCGUUGUGCCCUAAUACGUUUAUCAAAAACAGUCGAAAAUGACAGUCUAAUUCGAAAUGUGUCUGCUCUGAAAUCGAGUUUUGGCCAUGGCGUUUCUUCAAAGGACAUUGCAGCUGGAACUGGAACACAAUGAGUGUAACACUGUUGUGUGUUAUGCUUGCUCUUUUUAGUAAACUUUUACUUGCUAAUACUUCAGUUAAUUUUUCUAACAUUUCUCUUUUUUAGUAAACUUUACUUGCUAAUAAUUUUGUAGCAUUACAUAAUAUAGUUCUUUCAACAAUUCUUACUUGAGAAGACGGCUCUCAAAAG